AUGGAUGAAGAUAGCCAACAGCACGAAACACAAAGUCAAGCAGACUCUCAUAAAAUGGCGACCUCAGGCCAAACUGCAGAGCAUGCUCCCACCCAGCCUAUACACGAGCGCCUUGAUGCACUGUUCAGCCAGUUCUGGGAGAAGCUGGAAAGACGGAUGGCACGUCAAACCCUUAAAUACCAAGAAGAGGUGAGGCUGUCCCAAGCUGUAAGGCAGAGCGGGCAGACCCCGGGAAAAGCCGCCGUGCACAGACAGGAGGAACACCCAUCCCGGCAGGGGAAUAUUAGGAGACUCCCUCCUAUCCACCGACCACACCGCAGGAGAGCCGCCCGCCGCUGGCGGCGGAUAACCACCAGGGCCCUCCACAGCGCCCAUCAUGGGAAAGACCUGGCCCCGAGAGGCAACCGAGUCUGUGGCCACAUGGUGCCAACCCCACAGGAUGCCGGGAAUACAGGAAAAGGCCCCAGCCGCAACCACCUCCUCUCCUCGCUGACCCACCUGAAAUCGCUGCCGGAACUCCCACCCAGAUGGAGCCUGAACGGCCUACACUUACCCAGUCGCACAAGCAGAGCCACCAGAACGAGCAUAGGGUGAGGCAACCCGGACGCAUGCAGGCCGCGACCCGCAACCAACAACCCAGCCCGCAAAGAGAAACACACCAGAGGCAUCGGCUGAGAUCUGCGGCCACCCCAUCCCCGGCUCACGGUCUGGCUACUUUUCAGGACUUAAAUUGUUGGACACUCUGUGGUACAUCCACACCAGUUCAUUUACCUAGAUAUGUUACUCUAGACACACUCAUAUAG